CUUGGAAGUCUUUGUUCCAAGCCCUACGUGUGUGGUUGCUCGGAUUCUUUAAUUAACUCCCUCCACUCCUAAGGGGUCCGAGGCUGUGGGAUGCGAUGCUGACUCUUGAGUGGGAAUCGGAAGGACUGCAAACGGUGGGGAUUGUGGUGAUUAUAUGUGCGUCUCUGAAGCUGCUUCACUUGCUGGGACUGAUUGAUUUUUCUGAAGAUAGUGUGGAAGAUGAACUGGAGAUGGCCACAGUCAGGCAUCGGCCUGAGGCCCUGGAGCUGCUGGAAGCCCAGAGCAAAUUCACCAAGAAGGAGCUGCAGAUUCUUUACAGAGGAUUUAAGAACGAGUGUCCCAGUGGUGUUGUUAAUGAAGAAACCUUCAAAGAGAUUUACUCCCAGUUCUUUCCACAGGGAGACUGUACAACAUAUGCACAUUUUCUCUUCAAUGCAUUUGAUACAGACCACAAUGGAGCUGUGAGUUUUGAGGAUUUCAUCAAAGGUCUUUCCAUCUUACUUCGGGGGACAGUACAAGAAAAACUCAACUGGGCAUUUAACUUGUAUGACAUUAAUAAAGAUGGCUACAUCACUAAAGAAGAAAUGCUUGAUAUAAUGAAAGCCAUUUAUGACAUGAUGGGUAAAUGCACAUAUCCUGUCCUCAAAGAAGAUGCUCCCAGACAGCAUGUGGAGACAUUCUUUCAGAAAAUGGACAAAAAUAAAGAUGGGGUUGUUACCAUAGAUGAGUUCAUCGAAAGUUGCCAAAAAGAUGAAAAUAUAAUGCGCUCCAUGCAGCUCUUUGAAAAUGUGAUUUAACUUGUCAAAUAAUUCUCAGACCAAUGUGAACAACUCUACCACAUUUAAAGAUGGAGCUACCACUUUUAGCAUAGAUUGCUCAGCUUUACACUGAGGCAUAUUAUGCAACAAGCUUUGUUUUAAUAUAAAACCAUCCCCCCCACCCCCCAAUUUGUGUUUUCCCAUUAUAAAUCUGCAUCCGUUUCAUAAUGUCACUGAGUUCAUGAGAUGUUCUAACUCAUUUCAUACUCUGUGAAUAUUCAGCAGUAAUAGAAUCCAGCACAGUUUUGAUUCUUUAGCCAAGGGAUUAAUGAGGCUUUCACAUAUCAGUGAUUUUAAAAUAUCAGUGAUUUUGCUACUCAUUUGUAUGCUAUCAGUCCUAGGAUUUUAAAUGGGUUUUCUAAAAUAUUUACAUCGGCUUUUAAUUUCCAAAAACCAAUUUUCAUUUAAUUCCAUUAGCAUAACAUUAACAACAACCACCAAAAUUAUGACAACCAUAGCAACAAACAAAAAGCCCCACACAGCCGCAAUUUCUAUGAAUUCUCCACCUUCUGUUAAGGACAUCAAUUUAUCUGGCUUUUAUUAAAUAACAUUUAACAAGUUAUGUUUGUUAUCAGAUGUCAUUAUAUGUCUAACAAAGCUUAUUUUAUUAAGCAUUUAUUUAUUUUCUAUGAUGCAUACUCUUGCCAAGGCCUCAAAAUACAUAUAAUUUAGGAUUUAUUCCAUUAUACAGGUGGACUGUUUUCUACUUGAUCACUAAGCUCAAGAGGGUGUGAUACAAAGCAAGGAUGUUUACAGAUCGCAAUCUUCAACAGUACUAAAGUCCAAUUCCAUCCCUUUCUCUUAGCAUCCUCAUCCUGGCAUCCUCACAGUAUG